AUGUUGGAUUAUGCAUUUCUUCCACCCACUGUAUCCCAUCAAACUCUUGUGCCUUAUCCUAUUUGUCCCCAACAGCCAAUCCUUUGUCAAUCUAAACCUGUGCUAGGCCGGGAAACCAUUGAGAACUCACCAUUAUGGGGACUGAUACAAGCACUUGCAUUGUCGAAUGAACCCUUCUGGAGCUCUUCACAACCCCGAGUCCUGAGUAAGCUCAAGGAAGAGCUCGAUGCAGUGGUGGGAUCAAGCAGUCACAUGAUCGAGAAGCCCGAUUUCCAGAACCUGGACUACCUCAACGCGGUGAUCAAGGAAGCUUUUCGUCUCCAUCCACCUCUGCCGCUCCUCAGUCCUCACAUGUCGACUCAGACUUGCACCAUAGCCGGAUUUCACGUCCCAAAGAAUGCCUUCACGUUUGUCAAUGUAUACUCAAUCCGAAGAGAGCGAGGGGUAUGGGAAAGGGCAGAUGAGUUUUGGCAGGAGAGGUUUCUUGUUAAGUCCGUGGAUGUUCAAGGCCAGGACUUUGAGUUGCUUCCAUUCGGAUCCGGGCGACGGGCUUGUGCGGGAAUGCAGCUGGGCUUGAAGACUGUCCAGCUUUUGGUGUCCAAUUUGGUCCAUGCUUUUGACUGGAGCUUUGUUCCAGGCAAACCGAGUGAAGACUACCUCCUUCGAGAAUGUCAUGGCACUAUUAACUGGAUCAAGACCCCAUUACAAGUUUGUGUCGUUCCUAGGACCAGUUCCUAG